AUGGAUAAAUUCUUUGUAAGGCAAUUUGAAACGAAGGAAAGACAGUUCCGAAACCAAUUAAUAAGUCUGAGUACAGUACUGCCUCUUCUUCAGUUACAUUUGCUGCUUUGUUCUACAUUCUCUGCAUCAGCCAAUAAAUAUCAAUUUUUGGACUUGGCAUAUCCUAUGAUGGACCGUUUAGCCGCAGUGUCUCAAAUGAGUCAACCUUUGAGGCCUGUUCAGUCAAGUCAAAUUCGCACCAAUUACAGGAGUGAAUUUUCACAUUCCUUGGAGCCAUGGGUAGGCAAAUCAAGCGCACAAUCUCAGCAGCAGCAGCAGCAGCAGCAACAACAGCAACAGCAACAGCAGCAGCAGCAACAGGGUCAGGACGGA